UGUGUGUGUGUGUGUGUGUGUGUGUGUGUGUGUGUGUACGAAGGCGGUGUUGUUUAUCCAGAGAGAAGGGGUUGGACACAGUCUAGUUCUUUUCCUCCACAGUCUGUUCUCUUCCACCGGACUUCAGGAGUCCGAGGACACUUCACCGUCGACCGCCAAGGUCAGCAGGACUUGACCAGCCCCGCGGGGAGCUGUCAGUGCGGCURCGAACCGCCGCAGAGCCCGGCAGCCCGGCGGAGAGAAAAGUUGGACUGAACCGAGWGACACCAUGUUUAAUAACGCAGGAACUUACGCCAACAAGAAGAGGAAGAAGCCGGUCCUCAAGCAGAAGAAGAUCUCUGAAAGCAAUGAAGUUGUCAAGUCGAACCCAUCGAAGCGCCACCGGGAUCGGUUGAACGGGGAGCUGGACAGGCUGAUGGACCUCCUGCCCUUCCCCGAGGACGUGCGCUCUCGACUGGACAAACUGUCCGUCCUUCGCCUCAGCGUGGGAUAUCUGCGGGUCAAAAGCUUCUUUAAAGCCACCAUGCAGAACCAUAACGGCAGUCGUGUUACUCUUGGAGUGAAUGGACAGAACCUGAACACCGUAGGGUUUUCUGAGGGGGACAUGCUGCUUCAGGCACUGAACGGUUUUGUGUUGGUGGUCACAUCRGAAGGAUUGGUGUUUUAUGUCUCCCCUACCAUCCAAGACUACUUGGGCUUCCAUCAGUCAGAUGUGAUCCACCAGAGUGUGUUUGAGCUCAUCCACACUGAUGACCGAGCCUUGUUCAGAGAGCAGCUCCACUUCGCUCUGAACCCUCAGCCUGUUGCAGUGGAUGCAGACCUUUCACAUAGCUGUAGUAAUGCAGUGACCUACAACCCUGAGCAGCUUCCCCCAGACAACUCGUCCUUCCUGGAGAGGAGCUUCGUUUGUCGCUUUCGYUGUCUCCUGGAUAACUCCUCUGGAUUUCUGGCUCUAAAGUUCCAGGGGCGACUAAAGUAUCUCCAUGGCCAAAGUCUAUCGAGGGACAACGGGGCAGCUAACAGGAUUCAGCUGGCCUUGUUUGCCGUGGCAGUACCAGUCCAGCCUCCGUCCAUUGUGGAGAUCAGAGCCAAACUGCUCCUCUUUCAAACCAAACACAAGCUGGACUUCACUCCCACAGGCGUCAAUGACAGGGGGAAGAUCAUUCUGGGUUAUUCAGAGACUGAGCUGUGUAUGAAAGGCUCCGGCUACCAGUUCAUCCACGCUGCUGAUAUGAUGUACUGCGCUGACAACCACAUCCGGAUGAUUAAAACAGGAGAGAGCGGUCUGACUGUCUUCAGACUUCUCAGCAAGUCGAAUGGCUGGGUGUGGGUGAAGGCCAACGCCAAGCUGAUCUACAAAGGAGGACGACCUGAAUUCAUCAUAGCGUACCAGAAAGCUUUAUCAAAUGCUGAGGGGGAGGAGUACCUGCGCCAGCGACGGCUGCAGCUGCCCUUCAGCUGCUCCACAGGAGAGGCCAUCCUCUACAACACGGGCCCCACCGUGGACGUCUCCCAGUUUCAGUUCAACAAAAUGUUUGGCAGCAAAGACGCGAAGAAGGAUGUGGCCCCUGGCUCUUUGCUGGACUGCUUCCUGAGACAGGAUGAAACCAUCUACACCCAAACGGCAGAUCCCUCGCUACCUGUGGACCAGUUGGAUCCCCCCUUACCKGUGGACCAGGUGUUCAUGGACAGCCGCGCCCUAGUCACAGUUUCCAGUGACAUGUGGCAGGAAAACGAGUCUGCGGCCACCACGAGUGAGCCUGUGAUGUUCAAGGAGACCAAGCAGUCAGUGCUGGCUGUGAUUGACAGCUUGGAGAAGCUGACCCAGAAUGGAGACUUUGAUUCGAUCUUGCAGCAUCUGGAGGUGGACGACGCAGAGCUGAUGGAGUGGGAAAACUGCCUGAAGAGAUUCCACCAGGAGGAGGAGCCGCAGAGGACCGUGGAGCCAGAACUGGACAGCGUCAUCACCGACGACAUCAUUGACUUUAUUGAUUCUGUGUUCAAGGAGAAAGAAGAGCAGUGCCUGAGCGCCUUGCCUUCCAGCUGUCUCAUGGAGAUCAACUUCUCCACACACAGUUCAGGUGUGGAGAGCAGCUUCUCCACGCCUGAACUGUGUGAGCCACAACUGUUUCAGGCUCCGCCUCAAGACGGCACUUACUCUGCUGUGAAUGGUCGCUACCCUCACAGAGAAGCUGCAGUUGGUGGAGCAGUGAYUGGAGGACAAAGCCUGGUCAAGUCUCCACAGAUGGUCAGUGGGAACCAGAAACUCUCCCACCAGGGUCCUCUGCUGACUCCGGCUGACAACACCCUGCCACCUCUGCAGCAGCUACAGCUGCAGGACAUUUUCAGCCAAUCCAUUGAGCUCCCACAGCUCACUGUUCCUAACAUCUCCACCGACGAGGACCUUCCAGUACUUCAGUCGUGCCGGCAAACCUCACUCAGACCMGCGAGCUGCUCUCAGAGCAGUUCUGUUCAAGUCCAGCAGCCAAACCARCUUCUGCUGCAUCAGAACCGCCUGCAGACAGCUAAACUGACAGGAGCAGAACUGAUGCUGCAGAGCACGGCUCCACAACCUGCUGCGCCAAACAUUGUGCCUCCCCUGAUUCCUAGCAGCACCUUCACGUCUUCGCGCAUGAUUCCUGUCCAACAUCUCCAAACGCACRCAGCGUUCGAAACACACAAUGGUUCCCUCCAGCAGUGGCCCCAGAACCAGCAGCUGAAGCAGCCGUAUGAACAGGGGACCAUGCCCACAUUCCAGAGCCAAAAUACACACAACCAAACGUUCCCAAAUGCUGGAUUUUGGCCAGGCAAAAAUACAAGACUGAACCAGACCGAGCAGGGGGGUCCGUCAGCCCCUCACAGCAGCUGCAUGUUUGAGCCGCAGUUCUCCUCCAGACCAGCAGGUGGCGACGUCCUGUCUCACUGUGCACCACCAGGGAUCAAUGGGCCCAACGUGUCUCUGGGCCAGUAUCCUCCUCAGAGCUCCUAUCACUUCCAGUGGGGCCAGGGUCCUGUGGAGGGCCUGCCGAGCACCAGCCAGGAGAACCCCAGCAUCCAUCCUUUGACUGCAGCCUCCAGCGUGGCCUCAGCAGAGCUCCCACACAGUAUCCAGCACAACCUGAACGGCAACACACAGACACAGCAGAGCGACAGAGUUUCUGCUCAGCGUUCCGGGCUGUUUGUCAGUCCKUCUCUGGUGGAGUAGACGCGGCGCCUCGGCGGCGGUCCUGCUYGGACGGAGCGGGAGCAGAGCCUCAGCUGCAGUCCUGCUGGGAUGGAGUAGACUUGGCGGGGACGCCUCCGUCGCAGGACAACACAAAUGCAGUAUAGUUUGCCUGUAUCAGUGCUUAUCCACACUGCUUACAUUAUAACAUGUUUUAUAUGCCUUUCUACCAUAUAUCCACUGUCCUCUUUGCUUUCUCAGCUGUUGCUUGAGUGAAGAUACACAUUAAUAAGAAUGAAGUAUGGAUUCACAAGUGCAUUUACCAAGACUCAGCUAGAUGGAGCCAACCAAAGAUGCUUUUAUAAGGGAAACCUGAAUUAUUUUCAACUUGUUCAUCAAUUUGAACCUGAUAUUUUCUAAUUUUUCAAUGCAAGCACUAAAGUCUUUCUAAAAGAGUUUGUAAUCUGUGCUUAAAUAUGUUAACAGCUGUGCCUUCCAAUUAAUAUUAUUACAGAUGAAUCAUCUGUGUAUUUUAAAUGAAACCGUGAAACUGGUUGAUGUAAGUGUAUAUUUAUCUUUUAUAAUGUGGUCUUUUGAUAAUCUUUGUUACUUAAGAACGUCUGCUUUGGCUCUUGAAACCUCACAUGUGCAGAAGGCAGCAGCGAGCUUUCAUCUCUGUGGAAAUGGACUUUAACGUUUGCAGAGAGCUCUUAAAUCUCCAACACUUUACCUGUGAGCACUUUAGCUGCUGGUCCAGUUAGCUGGCUCUGUGUGCAUUCUGCAGUCACAUGCUACUCAACAAACAACUAAAACUGCAACUGGCCACCUCUGGUACAUAAUAYAGAUACUGAACUUUAGCCCCUCCACCGUAUUUGUUUAAAAUGAAACUGAUUUAGAAAUUUCAGCAAAAGUAGUUUGCCAGAGAAAACUGUUGUGCUCCUUAUAAUCGUACCAUUCUGGAUUUCCUAAAGCACUUCUUUUCAUAAGUCACUUUAAAACCCAGGCACCUCUUUCUCAUGUUCCAGGCGCAGUUUAACACCUGGUAAACAUAUGCAGCUGUUGUUUUAAAGCGUUUUCUUUUACUUAGGUAAAAGAAAAACACGACCCGGUUAGGGCAGGGCACCAGGCACCUCCCAGUUUAGUUUCAUCACAACACAGAGGCCCAGAUGUGGUUAUAAAAUGAUAAUUGAUGCUUCUUGAUUAGAUUAGCAGGUUUAUGAAUAAACACGAGUAGGCAGCUGGUAUGCUGGUGAUGUUUAUCCACAACGUCCUGAUGCUUCUCAGUAAU